AUGACUCUUGUGUGCUUAGACGCAUGCAGAUUAUGUAGUUUUGUUGACUCGACGUUUCGCAUAUCAGUCAAGCACGUGCUUUUUUUUCUCCUUUGAGUCCAGUUUUCAACAAAUGUCCGAGACACUUGUCGAAUUGGCCGAAAAGGAGAAAGGAGCCGGUGGCGACUGCAUUUCCCCGCUGCCGAUCGAGGUGAAACAGGAAGAAUUCGGGCCCAAACUUAAAAUACUGCCGACCAACGAUCAGGUCAGGGAGUUGCAGACCAUCCUGAGGGACAGGAAUACGACUAGAAGUGAUUUUAAAUUUUAUGCUGAUCGUUUGAUAAGAUUGGUAAUAGAGGAAAGUUUGAACCAGUUACCUUUUAAGAAAUGUAUUAUUACCACACCGACUGGUGCUCAGUACAAUGGGCUAAAAUACGAAAGGGGAAAUUGCGGUGUCAGCAUUGUAAGAAGUGGAGAAUCGAUGGAACAGGGACUUCGUGAUUGCUGUAGAUCGAUUAGGAUCGGUAAAAUAUUAGUUGAAUCUGACAUCGAGACUCAUGAAGCACGGGUCGUUUAUGCGAGGUUUCCUGAGGAUAUUUCCUCAAGAAAAGUUCUCCUUAUGUACCCAAUUAUGAGUACAGGUAACACUGUGAUAAAAGCAGUCGCUGUGUUGAAAGAGCACAAUGUGCUUGAAGAAAAUAUAAUAUUGUCUAAUUUAUUUUCGACGCCAUUUGCAGCCAAAGCUGUUGUACAGGCUUACCCUUUGAUGACAAUACUAACAUCAGAACUCCAUCAUAUUGCCCCAAAUCAUUUUGGCCAGAAAUAUUUUGGGACUGAUUAAUUUUUUAAAUUUUAUGUUAAUUAUAAUAACAAAGUUAAAAACUAUUGCUGUUUAAGUAUGAAUUCUUAAUUAUAAUUGAUGCUGUGCAUUAAUCUCUCCAAUAUAUAAAUAAGAAAUAUGGAUUUAAAAAAGAUGUAAUUCCAUCAUAACUGUGUUUGUAAAUAAGAUUGUUUUUUUACACUUUUUACUAUCUUUUCAGUUUGAUUCUUCUAUGACGUUGGUUAUAUUUCUACUAGUCCAAAUAAAAAUGUAUUAUUUAUUCUAAAUUUACAGUCACAUUUUUUUAAU